CGGGAGCCAGCAGCCUGCAGGCACAGCCGUCACGAUGCAGCGGGCCUUCCUGACCGCCCUGCUCCUCUGCAGCUGGGCUCGUUGUCGGUCCCUGCCCCUUCCCAGUGAUGGUGACGACGACCUGUCCGAGGAGGACUUCCAGUUGGCAGAGCGAUACCUGAAAUCCUACUACUACCCCAUGAAUCCCGCUGGAAUCCUGAAGAAAGCUGCCGCCAGCUCCGUGGCUGACAGGCUCCGAGAAAUGCAAGCCUUUUUUGGCUUAGAGGUCACUGGCAAGCUUGAUGAUAACACCUUGGACAUCAUGAAGAAACCGCGAUGUGGGGUCCCUGAUGUGGGCGAGUACAACGUGUUCCCCCGGACUCUCAAGUGGUCCAAAACGAACUUAACCUACAGGAUUGUGAAUUACACCCCUGAUCUGACUCAUUCUGAAGUUGAAAAGGCAUUCAGAAAAGCCUUCAAAGUUUGGUCUGAUGUGACACCACUGAAUUUCACCAGACUCCAUGAUGGCACUGCUGACAUCAUGAUCUCUUUUGGAACUAAAGAACAUGGAGACUUCUACCCAUUUGAUGGACCCUCUGGUCUGCUGGCUCAUGCUUUUCCUCCUGGGCCAAAUUAUGGAGGGGAUGCCCAUUUUGAUGAUGAUGAAACAUGGACAAGUAGUUCCAAAGGCUACAACUUGUUUCUUGUUGCUGCCCAUGAAUUUGGCCACUCCUUAGGUCUCGACCACUCCAAGGACCCAGGAGCACUCAUGUUUCCCAUCUACACCUACACAGGCCAAAGCCACUUCAUGCUUCCCGAUGACGAUGUACAAGGCAUCCAGUCUCUCUACGGUCCAGGAGAUGAGGACCCCAACCCGAAACAUCCCAAAACUCCAGACAAAUGUGAUCCGUCCCUAACCCUCGAUGCCAUCACCAGCCUCCGAGGAGAGACCAUGAUCUUUAAAGACAGGUUCUUCUGGCGCCUGCACCCCCAGCAGGUGGACGCAGAGCUGUUUUUAACAAAAUCCUUUUGGCCGGAACUUCCCAACCGCAUCGACGCUGCCUACGAGCACCCAUCCCGGGACCUUAUCUUCAUCUUUAGAGGCAGAAAAUUUUGGGCUCUUAAUGGUUAUGACAUUCUGGAAGGCUACCCCAAAAAAAUAUCCGAGCUGGGAUUUCCAAAAGAAGUUAAAAAGAUAAGUGCAGCUGUCCACUUUGAGGACACAGGAAAGACGCUCUUCUUCUCGGGAAACCAGGUCUGGAGCUAUGAUGACAACAGCCAUGCCAUGGAUCAAGGCUACCCCAGGCUGAUAGAGGAGGACUUCCCAGGGAUCGGUGACAAAGUGGACGCUGUCUAUGAGAAAAACGGUUACAUCUAUUUUUUCAAUGGGCCCAUCCAGUUUGAAUACAGCAUCUGGAGUAACCGCAUUGUUCGAGUCCUGCCAGCAAAUUCCCUGCUGUGGUGUUAAGUGUGUCUUAAAUACUGUUGUUAUUUAAAUCCUGGAGAGCAUUUGAGAUGAUACUUCCAGUGAUGCCGGGUGUGGGGGUGGGGUUUCGGGAAAGCUUCGUUCUGUGAACAAGCCUCAGUAACUUAUCUUUGAAUAGGUUGGAUGUAUAUAGUGAGAUGUGGCUGGAACCACAGUGAAGUUUAAAGUAACAGGUCACCUGAUUGCUGCGUCCUCCGCAAGCGGUCCUCCACAGUAUUUCCUGCGGCCGAAAUGGGACCCAUGGUGUGUCAAAGAGAGUUAGCAUCUUUUUAAAAAGUAUAUUUAUAAGGAGACUUUGCAAAGGUAUAGAAGUAAGUCACAGUUACAUAGUUAAUGAAUCAUCUUUAUGAAAAAGCAUAAAGUAGUAUGGAAGUGGAAUUUGCCAGGAGCGUAGGGUACCAAGUAAAGACAAAAGCCAAAGGGAACUAUCUGUAAUAACGAUACUGUAGACAAGUUUCCAAAGGAGUAAUUUUGGCUUUGCACUGACACUAUCCGAAUGUACGUGGCCCCAUUCAUAUAGACACCAGAAUGUGUCAAGGUCACGAAAGAGGAAAGACAGAGGCCAACACUAAAGAUAAUAGAUGCGCCUGUGGGUUCUGCCUAAUUUUCACUUUGACCGUGAUUCCAGAGCUACUCUCAAAGAAGACAUUUUUUGCCUGUUAUAGGAGAUAAAGAAGAUAGUUUCUUUUUGUAUUCAAACAUUUCAGGUCUCUCAAAAAUAUCAAAGAAUUAAAUUUUUUAUCACAAUGAUCUAUUACUCUUUCAUGAAUCAUCUGAUUAAGACUCAAGGUGGUAUUUUAGCCCUAUUUUCUGAAGAUACAGACUCAAACAUAUCUUAAAAAUUGGAAGUGUGCUAGACAGAGACAUCCAAAAUAAAAACAACAUCCGCGGACCGCAGUCUUCUUGAGGGUGUGAGCUGUGCUUUUCUCUCUGCUUCCUUUCCUGGUCCUGUGACCCCUCAGCACAUUUUACCCCGCUUGGCACGGCGUUCUCACCGAAUACCGGAAUGGCCACCGAGCGAAGAACAUCUUGUUAACAGAAAUUCAGGCAAAGAAAAUAAAGUGUGUUAUAGUUGCAGAAUGUGUUAGGAAGCAUUUAUAU